CUGACAGGUAAGGUCUGAAGCUUCUGGUGGCACCUUCAAACAAGUUCAAGAGUUAAGGCUAAGGUAAAUAAAAAUGAGUUUAUGUGGGAUGGCUUUACUGCUUGGACUGCUUCUAUGUAUUGAAGCUCCACAGUCCAACGGCCAGCACUGGUCUCACGGUUGGUAUCCUGGAGGCAAGCGGGAUCUGGACUCUUUUGGCGCAUCAGAGAUUUCAGAGGAGAUUAAAUUAUGUGAGGGAGGAGAAUGCAGUUAUUUGAGACCACAGAGGAGGAGUACACUCAAGGCCAUUCUUUUGGAUAUCUUAACCAGAGAGCUCCAGAAGACAAAGUAACAGAUUUUCCACGUAUAGCAGCCUGAUUCUUCUUCUCUUCAGAGUGAUUAUUUUGUCUUCUUUAGUUGAU